CCAGCCAGGGCUUGUCUGCUUUUUCCUGCACCUAUGAGAACGUCUCUCCGUCUGGCUCCUGCGCACCCUUCAAGCGCCUGACAAAUCCUACCCACAGAUUGUCUUUUUAAAAAAAGAAAAAAAAUCAAAAAGAAGCUUCCCUGCGCGCUCAAAACGGCAAAGCAACCCCAGAGGCGUUGGAACGAUGACAAAUCAGGUACUGCUUCACUUCCUGGUGCCUUUGUUCUGUGGCGCCAUCUCCCAGCCGAUCCGCUACUCCAUUCCGGAGGAGCUGGCCAAGGGCUCUCUGGUGGGUAACCUAGCCCAGGAUCUGGGGCUCGGUGUCCAGGAAUUGCCAGCUCGAAACCUGAGAGUUAGUGCAGAGGAUUAUUUCAGCAUUAGUGCGGAGACUGGGGAUUUGCUAGUGAGUGGCAGGAUAGACAGAGAGAAGAUUUGCGGGAAGAAAUCUGAGUGUGUACUAGAAUUUGAAUCGGUUACUGAAAACCCAAUGAAUAUUUUCCAUGUAAUUGUUGCCAUCCAAGAUAUUAAUGAUAAUGCACCACAUUUCUUUGGGAAAAACAUUGAAUUGGAGAUCUGUGAGUCAGCCUUACCGGGGGUAAAAUUCCCUCUGGACUCCGCACGAGAUGCAGAUGUGGGAAGCAACUCACUGAAGAUGUACACGCUCAGCCCCAACUCACACUUCUCCUUAUCAACGAAGGAAAGUCCCGAUGGAGAUAAAUACCCAGAAUUACUGCUGGAAAAACUUCUAGACAGGGAACAUCAGAGCUCCCACCACUUAAUCCUGACCGCCAUCGACGGGGGAGACCCACCCCUAAGCAGUACCACCCAGAUUUGGAUCAAAGUCACCGAUGCCAAUGAUAAUGCUCCAGUGUUCAGUCAGGACGUUUACAAAGCUAGCCUCCGUGAAAACAUGCCCCAGGGAACCUUCGUCCUGCAAGUGACAGCCACAGAUCAGGAUGAGAAUGUUAACGGAGAGAUCACCUACGCCUUCCUAAAUGGCCCAGCAAGUACUAACCUCGUCUUCAGUCUCAAUCCAACUACUGGAGCUAUCACAACUAAUGGUACAUUGGAUUUUGAAGAAAAGAGCAGAUACAUGUUGGGUGUAGAAGCCAGGGACGGAGGAGUGCACACCGCUCACUGUAAUGUUCAGAUUGAAAUUCUUGAUGAGAAUGACAACGUCCCAGAGGUGACGUUCAUGUCCUUUUCUAACCAGGUUCCAGAGGACUCGGUCCUUGGAACAGUAAUAGCCCUCAUUAAAGUUCGAGAUAAAGAUUCUGGACAAAAUGGUCUGGUGACAUGCCAUAUUCAGGAAGAACUUCCAUUCAAAUUACAACCCACCUCCAAGAAUUAUUACAAGCUAGUGAUAGACAGGGCCCUGAACCGGGAGCAGACCUCAGAGUACAACGUCACUAUUACAGCUACUGAUGGGGGCAAGCCAUCCCUUUCAUCCAAGACACGUGUUACUGUGCACAUCACAGAUGUCAACGACAAUGCACCGGUUUUCCACCAGGCCUCCUACGUGGUUCACGUGGCUGAGAACAAUCCACCUGGAGCCUCCAUAGCUCAAGUCAGCGCCUCUGAUCCGGAUUUGGGAUCCAAUGGUCAGGUCUCCUACUCCAUCAUAGCCAGCGACCUAGAGCCAAGGGCACUGUUGUCAUUCGUAUCCGUGAACCAGGACAGCGGAGUGGUGUUCGCACAGCGCGCCUUCGACCAUGAGCAGCUGCGCUCCUUCCAGUUGACACUGCAGGCACGCGACCAGGGCUCGCCCGCACUCAGCGCCAACGUGAGCAUGCGCGUGCUAGUAGGCGACCUCAACGACAAUGCACCACGUGUGCUGUACCCCACGCUCGAGCCUGACGGCUCUGCGCUCUUUGAUAUGGUGCCACGUGCUGCGGAAUUUGAGGUCUGCUUCCUCCUAGAUCCCUAG